AUGCGUUCUUCCAUCGUCCUCCUUGCCCUGUCGGCCCUUGCCGCCGCUCAGUCUUCUGGCCCUGUGGAAGCUCAGACUACAGGUGUCACUGUCGUCGGUCCUGAGGUUAGCGCUACUGCUGCUACCACUACUACCACCAGCUCCACCAGCUCCACCACCUCGCAGCCCGUGAUCCCAACUGCUCCUACCGUCAUUGGAUCCAGCGGCCUUCCCUCUUCCUUCUCCACCGUCCCUUCUAGCAGCGGCGUCCAGAGCUCUACCAAGACCGCCUCGACCGCAACUGCCACCGAGACCACAACCGAGUCCACCUCUACCACCAGGUCCAGCGCCUCCUCUACCAGGUCCAGCUCCAGCAGCUCCACCUCCAACGCUGCCAUGCCCAUGGCGACCGGCUCUCUCGGCCUGUCCGUCAUGGCUGGUGCCGCCCUGGCUGCCUUCCUGUAA